AAAACCAAAUUAAAAACCCUAGACAGAACUCAUCUUUGCUUCUCGCUGUCUCUCUCUCAAAAAUCAGAAUCUGCCAUUGUUACUACGAGCUUGGUAGAGUAGAGAUGGUGUGGUUUCAGUGCGAGGAUUGCGGAGAUAACCUCAAGAAACCCAAGCUGCCAAAUCACUUCAGAACUUGUUCCGCUACCAAGUUGUCUUGCAUCGAUUGUGGGCAAACCUUUGGGCAGGAAAGCGUACAAGGCCAUACUCAAUGCAUAACAGAAGCGGAAAAAUAUGGUCCCAAGGGGCAAGGGGCAGCCAUGAGUGUCACCACCCCCAAGUCCAACAAGGAUUCAAAACAGCAACCUGAUUUUGAUAUACUCGUUGGAUUAUCUGAGCGCCCUCCUUGGUUCUGCAGCCUUUGCAAUACCAAGGCAACUAGUAAACAGACUUUGCUGCUUCAUGCAGAAGGAAAGAAGCACAAAGCAAAAGCCCGUGGAUUUCAUGCAGCGAAAAAACAAUCUAAUCAGAUGGAAGAAACUGUUCCAGAUAAAAAGCCUACAGCUGAUGACACUCCCAAAUGUGAAGUAGCCGAAAAUGGACAUGUUGGGGCAGAAAAAGCGCAAGAUCAGCUUGAAGCCAAAAGUGAACUUGGAAAGUUGGAAGUAGAAAAUGGUAUUUCACAGACAAAGAAAAAGAGGAAACGAGAUGCUGUGGAUGGUGGUUCAACAGAAAAGACCAGAGAUGAUGAUCCAAGUAGAGGUAAUGGGGAGGUUAUUCAGGCAACCGAAGCUGAGAUUGAGCCAAUUAAGGAUGAGGUCAGAGUGUCCAAAUCUCUGAAAGAAGGUUUGAACAAGAAGAUUAAGUGGAAAAAGCUGAUAACAUCAAUUUUGAAAUCUAAUCCUGAUGGUGUCCUUAAGUUGUCAAAACUAAGAAAACUUGCCCUCAAGUCUAUUCGUGAAUCUGGUGUCACAGAAGAUGAAACCAAACUUAUUGAGAUGCUCGAGCAAAAGAUCAAUUCAAGUUCAAAAUUUGCUGUUGAGAAGAAAUAUGUUCGGCUAGCAUCUAAAGCUUGAGCAAAGCACAAUUUUUAUCGCAUUGCAAAUCAGAUUUUGCGCCAGUGGCUUACUUGCCCAUUUUUUGUCUAGUGAGUUUUAGACGAUUACAAGAUGGCUUAAUUUGAGUUAAUACUGGUUUUCUCAAAGCUGAGUUACUACAAGAUUUUAUUGAGUUGGGGUACAAUCUGCAACAUUCAUAGGAAUAUAUAUUAUGGGAAGAGAGUUGGUAUUAUUAUUGUGGCGUCAAGUGAACCAAGGUCUUUAAACUAGGUUGCUGCAAUCCAUUCAAUGAGAAAGAGAAAAAAAGAGUAGGGACAAUGGAUAUUGAUCUUGUAUAAUUUCCUUCAGGCUGGAAUCAGUGUAGAACAAAUGUUAAAGUUUGCUUGUUUUAAAAUUGUUUCUGGAUCCGUUAUUUGUGGUUUCCUUUAGGGGAACUCUUUGCAAUCCAUUCAUCAAAAGAGGAGCAUUAUUGAUUUUCUUGUACAAUUUCAUUCAAUGGCAAUUUUUUUUUUUUGGG